CAACGUCGCACUUUUAAAGCGAAAACUGUUUUCUGUCAAAAAACUGUUUUAAAAACAGCGUGUAGUUUGCUAUAGUAAACAUAGACAAAACUUGGCUAAUAAAUAGUGGUAAACGAGCAAUAUCGCUAUGUCUGUUAAUCUGAAGAACCUUCUUGAAGGAGGAGCAAUUUUCGACUUGGAUCUAAACAAAGUCAAAGAGGAUUCUGAAGAUGAGGAUGAAGAAAGUACCAAAGAAAUUAAAGAAGCGAUGUCCAAUUUCGUCAAUUUCAAUUGCGAAGGGCAAUUUGAUGAACUUUUCGAUGAAGAUAGUUAUGUACAGGGGCAACCAUUUGAGAUAUUAGGUUCAAAAAUGACCAGUAUAACGGACGAUGGUGGUGUUAAAAAAAGGAGUUUAAGGGAAGGUUACGGGGAUAAGCCUGCUGACUUAGCACUUGUUAAAGUGCAUUACAAUGCUUACAUAGAAUAUGAAUCUACUCCGUAUGAUUCUACAUAUGCAAGGAAGAAAGCUCAUAAAUUUGUAGUAAAUAAUGGGGAGGUGAUUCCUGGUUUGGACUUGGCAGUGCAAUCAAUGAAAACAUCAGAAAAAUCUCAGUUUAUUUUUACGCCUGAUUAUGGAUAUGGUAAAUUGGGCUGUCUUGGUAGAAUACCACCAAACUCCUCAUUGCUUUUCGAAAUAGAAUUAAUUGAAAUCAUCGAUUCUGGAGCUGCUUUAACAUUCAAAGAUUUACCAAAAGAAGAACAAAGAAAAUUUGAAGAAGUCUACAAGUAUUGCAUGGCACUUUGUGCUAGAGGAAAGGAUGUAUUUAAACAAGGCAACGUGAAAGGUGCCAUAAAAGAGUACAACCAAGCUGUCGCGAGAUUGGAAUCGGCUCAACUGGAAAACUAUGAAGAUCAGGAAAAACAAAACGAGCUACUGCACAAGUUGUACACAAAUUUAAUAGUGUGCUACACCAAAGUGGAAGAACCCAGAAAAAGUUGCAACAAUUUCAACAAGUUGAAGAAUUUAUUGAAGGAAACUAAUGUUGAAAUGCCUGCCAAAGCUUUGUAUAAUAAUGCGAAAUGUUUAAGAAUGCUGGGCGACUUUCAGUUAGCCAAGAGAAGAUUAAAAGAGGCUUUGAAACUCGACCCAAAAAGCCCUGAUAUUGCCAAUGAGUUUAUAACUUUGAAUAAUCAAAUAACUGCAUAUAAACAAAGUGAAGCAGAAUUGGCCAAAAAGUUCAUGGGACAAAAUUAACACUAAGAUAAUAUAAUCCAUUUUUUUUAUACCAAGAUUUAUGCUUUAGACUGUUAUGAGA